UUUUUUUCUUUUUUUUUUCGUUUUUUUCGUUUUUUUUGAGCUGGUUCUAAACAUGACGAAAAAGUUCGCUGACGCUGCGACAGCCGCCCAUUGCUUCGAUAGCAAAUACAUGCCAUAUGGCUUAGUGAUAUUGUGGCGAGACGGAAGAGCUGCUUGCGUGCGUGCCUGGUGGCAGGGCGCGAGUUCUCGGUUUCGCUCGUUUUUGCUGCUGUCAACGGCGAAGUCAUUGUUGGAGGCGCGAUUGGGCAAGAUUCAAUGCCCGUUGACGCUACUCUGGCGCAAUGUGGCGCAACUGACACGGUGGGCUACGACGAACCCAAAGGCUGUCUUCAGCGAUUCAACGGCGCGACCCUGUCUUCCACCGGCUAUGUAUCUACCACCAUGUACGCCGUACAAGGCUACGAAGGCUUUGGUGGAGGCACCCGACACACCGAUGGAACGUACUUUGCAUGUGGCGACGGCGCAACAGCGUCGUGGGAUCCUGAUUUCUACUACUUUGUCGCGCGAUACGACGCGAGUAUGAGUUUGAUGUCGCGAGUCAUGGAAACUGGACAGGACUGGUCCAGCCCCGCGAAUGGUCACUCAUCGCACUGCAACGCCAUUGUCUUCUUUGGCAACAGUGUCUUCAUUGCCGGUCAGGCGCGCUCGACCGGAUUUGGAGACACUGGCGAUCAGCUUACCCCGUACGUCGUCAAGUACGACCUCCAGCUGCAGACCCGGGCGUGGCGCUGGCGGAUGCAGCUGCCGGCUCCGACGAGCUUGUCGGAUGUGCAGAGCAUCUUCACCGUGAACGACACUGAAACCUCGCGUUGCAAAAUCUACCUGUCGGCAGCGAAGCAAGGCGUCGCUUGGCUCGGGCGUCUCGACUGCGAGACUGGCGCACUUGACUGGGAGACUGAGGUACCCAACGUGCAGGACGCAACGUUAACCGCGGCUGAUCACCCGGUCUGGUUCUUGGCGUUCGGCACGUUUGCGAACGUGGGUUUGCAAGCGCUCGCCUUCAACAAGUCCUCGGGCGCGCUCCUCUUCACGACUUUGCUUGACGCCGCCGUCCCAUCCCCACCACUGCAGGGUCGCGGGACGGCCUUUGACAUGGCGACGCGGAGCAUCUACUUGCUUCGGACAAACGCGACAGUAUUCGAAGUCUUGCGUCUUGGCUUUUGCGGCGCGGGAGAAAUCGUCGGGGCUGGCGGCACGUGUACGCCACACCCAGCAACCGUCGCAUCAGUCGCCUCUGCUGCGUCUGCUGCAACGGCUGCUUCACAGGCCGCGUCUACUGCGUCUGCUGCAUCUGCUGCUUCGGAGGCCGUCUAUGCUUCAGUCCAGUCGGCCUCGUCGGCAAAGUCAGUAUCCAUCGCCGUUGCAGAGUCGUCUCGGCUGGCCAACGCACCGCGCGACAAUGGCAGUUCCCCGGGUGCUGCAAUCGGCGCAGCAAUCGGCGGGGUGCUGGCCGUGAUCGUCGUCGUGGUGGCUGUCGUGCUUUUUCGGCGUCGUCGGCGCGCGGGCAAGGAAGGCGAUCGCUUCGUCGAACUCGCGACCCGCAGUGCCGUGUCGAUGCAGGACAAGCCAUCGACGCUCUCCGCGACCGAUGACAGCGAAAUGUACGCGCGGGUUGCUUGCCCACGCCCAUCUGUGGCAGACAGCCCCAUUGAAGAGGUCUCAAAUGUGUCGAUCGCCGCCGAGCGCAUCUAUGACACCAGCUCCCCACACAGCCGCUCGAUUCGGAAUGCCUUGGUCUUGGGCGCCGAGCUCGGCAAGGGUGCGUUCGGCGUGGUUCGCGCCGGCCUGCUGGCUCACACGUCCGUCCCACCUGCCGCGGCUCAGCUCGUCAAUCCCAAGCACCCCGGACUGCAAGUCGCUGUGAAGGUGCUCAAAGAGGGUGCCGAUGGCAAGUCUCGCCGCGACUUUGUCGCCGAGGCGCGAAUGAUGAGCCAGUUCGACAACCCGUGCGUGGUGCGCGCCGUCGCUGCGCUCCUUGAGGCCGAGCCCAACAUGCUUGUGCUCGAGUUCAUCCCGUACGGCGAUCUGCGCGGUCUCCUCGUCAAGUCGAACGAAACUGGCAUGCCUUGGACCCUCGCCGAGUCUUUCCACGUCCUUGCGCAGAUCGCCGACGGCAUGGCCUACCUCGAAAGCAUUCGAUUUGUGCACCGUGACCUGGCGGCCCGCAACUGUCUUGUUGGCGCGGGCCUUUCCGUCAAGAUCUCGGACUUUGGUUUGUCGCGCGAGCUCGGUGACGAGAAGAACUACUACAGGGUCGAAACCAAGGGCCAACUGCCAAUCAAGUGGAUGGCGAUCGAGUCCAUCCUCUUCCGCAAGUUCUCCAGCCAGUCCGAUGUGUGGUCGUUCGGCGUCGUGGCCUGGGAGGUCUUCUCCUAUGGCCAGGUGCCCUAUGGCGCCAAGCGGGGGCCCGACCUUCUCGUGUUCUUGGAGAGCGGGCGGCGGCUUGAGCAACCGGCGACGUGCCCAGCCGACGUGUUCUCAACCAUGACGAAGUGCUGGGACGCAGAGCCAGCGCAACGCCCGCGCUUCACCGAGCUUUCGGCCUUCUUUGUCUCGCAGCGUCAGGAUGGGUCUGUUCGCGAUAUUGGCCAGAUGCUGAUGUGAAGGUUAUCCAAGGCAACGGACAUGUGCCGAUGUCAAAAGUUUUGGUCGUCCACCUGCAUCCCAAUGCAACUUUGUUCUCUAUACUUUUCGUCUCGUUGUCUCUGCAUUUAGUUCCCAACCACGCUAGGCAUUUGCAUCACCAACG